CAGGUGCACACUAAAACCUUCAACAUCCUCGUUCAGGUGCAUACUAAAACCUUCAACAUCCUCGUUCAGGUGCACAGGUUUUCAGCAAAUUAUUUCAAAAGAAGAAUAUGUUCAUAAAAACCAGCACAGACUUUUUUGUCACUUCCUCCUUCAACAGGAUGUAGGCGGUGAUGCGAUCACAACCUCAACAUGGUAAUUGUGUCCAAUCAGAAGUCCAUUUAUUGAUUGGUUCUAAUUAGUGGACUAAAUUUCUUCACAUAAUUUUUUCACUACAAAAAUAAUUCCCUGAUGAUUCUUUCGGUUCAUGUGUGAUUCCUCUCAGCUGCAUGCAGGUGGAUGAUAUUAUCACAAUGUGGGCCACAAUGAGUCACAAGUUCUGCUUGUAUGUCUGUCUUUUAUUAUUAUUAAUUUCCCGCUUAAGCAAAAAAUUCCUGAAAUUAUAGAGAAAGAUUUUUCAUUCCUGUCAGUUAUAACAACAUCUUACUCACCAACUUCAGCUUUACAAGAACUGUAUCCAUCAGCAAAACAACAGAUAGAUUUCCCUCUCAAUGAAAGUGAAACCACAGGAGGACAUUUCUCCCAAACCACCUGUUGCACCUGAUCAACACACUACAGGUGUGUGUGUUUAUAACCUGAUUAAAGUUGGUGAGUAAAAUGUUCUCAUAAGUGAUGGAAUGUAAACAAAAAGCAUGAAAAGCAGUAGUUUGUGUGAUAACAGGUAGUUUAUGUUGCAGCUCUCUCCGUACGAUAACCUCCUCCUCUGCCAGCCGGUCUCCUCUCCUCUCCCUCUCAGUGGUGCCAGCUUCCUGAAGCUCCUCCAGAACCUCGGUCCAGAGAACACCUGCACGCUGCUGCUCGCCGUCCUCACCGAACACAAACUGUUGCUCCACUCGUUGCGUCCCGACGUCCUGACCUCCGUCAGCGAGGCCCUCGUCUCCAUGAGCUUCCCCCUGCGGUGGCUGUGUCCCUACAUCCCUCUGUGUCCGCUGCAGAUGGCCGACGUUCUUCUGGCUCCGAUGCCGUUCAUCGUUGGGGUUCACUCAAGCUACUUCGACCUGUACGACCCCCCCACUGAUGUGGUCUGUGUGGACCUGGACACCAACACCAUCUUCCAGUGAGUCCGUCACUGCAGGGCUGUGUUUAUAAACCUUACACACAGAUAUAUGUAUAUAUUAGUGCUGGCCAAGUUAACACUUUACUAUCGUGUUCAUUCAUUAAAGCCGACAAUUAUUUUAUUGCGCGUUAACGCAGUUUUUUAAAAAUUUAUUAUUAAGCGACAUUUUUAACACAA